AUGUCGACUCAAGAGGACUUGCUUCGGCGUCUGGAGAACGUGACGGUCCGUCUCGAAGCGAUUUCCGGACAUAAACCUGCUCUCGCACCUAAGCCGACCAAUCUCGGAGGCCCCAGCGGUGAGUAGAUUGACUUUUCGGCGUGUAUUUGUGUGUGCCCAACUAAGGAAACGAGAGAACAGUAAAUCAGAAACCAAACAUGUUUGCUCAAAUGCUUAUAUGACUAAUUUGUGUGCGGUGUCGGUGCCAUGCGUUCACUUUUCAUCAUUUCUAACAUCAUGAGACUGCUCGUGACCUAUCAGGGAGUCAGCACCGAAUAUUACCGUCCUUCUGCUCAUCGGGAAGGAGUAGUCAGGGACAUUCCGGUUCGUAUCAUAUGUAAGUUUUAUCAUCGCUCGCUGCUUCCUACUCACUUCCUACUUUGAGGUAUUUGUGAUUGCAAAAUGUUUCGAAUUCCGUUUGCAACACAAACACAGAAAUUGCCAUAUAAGGGCUAGGCAAGUGGAAAAGUGUCUCGAAACUUGCUAGAAAGUUCUUGUGUCUCAAUGUCAGCCGGCUAGAAAAUCAAAAAUUAACCUUGCCGUUUUUCGAACAGAGUCAAUAUUUUUGUUUUGAGUUCAGUCGAGCUCCUCGGAAAUUCUCAUUACAUGAUUUCUGGCUAGCCACUCAAACUUUUAAUAUCCUUGCCCUGCCAACCCAACACAUUUCCUCCCGUAAUAAUGUAAUCGCACUCCUGCCCGAUGGUACGUACCCGACACCUCCUCCGACUCCAACCAACAAAAACUUAUCAUUUUGUGCGGACGGCUCGUCCUAACCUCCUCCAGAACCGUCUAGCGCCUCGCUCCUGCCGAGAUCCUCAUCGCAAAGUGUUUUACAGCGAGCGAGCAGUUUUUCUGUUCAGCCCGAAUCGCUUUCGAAGCCUCCGCUCUCUUCCAUGCUCUUUUCCAAUCGGCCCGAGGGGACCCCUUUCCGUUCAACAGUUGCUUCGUGUUUCCCCCGUCUAACCCCUAUCGUUCUUCUUCUUCUUCUCAUCUCACAGGCACGGCGCGGCUCAAGUCAACCCACCAGGAGCCAGCCGUCAUUCUCCUGCCUGCCCUCGAAUCUUAACAAUAUUUCUUCUUUUACUCCCCUCUCCUCACUCGUCGCCACAUAAUCACCAAAUGUUCUAGUAUACUCUUCUCACUUAGCCUUUUCUCCCUCCCACUCAUCCGCUAUGGACUCACUUUAUUAUUCCGCGCCUCGUCCGUUCAACAAGUUUCCUCGUGGGUAUAGACCGGUAACUGAUAGCACUCAGGAUUUGUAUCGCGGCUACGGAGGCGGACUUCGACCGUCAAGCAGUUGGUCGUCGUUCCCCCAACAAGUUGUCAGUGACCAGCGGUCAGCAACCCUGCCGCACUUUCCGUCCUCAUGCGUCUCGCCCGUCUCGCCAGUAUCGCCGUUUGACCACAAUACUAAUUAUUGGACUGCCGACGAGCCGCCAAGAUCCCGACGUCCGAUUCGUUCCGAGAGCAGCUCUACGAUAUUCGACAACGCGUUCUCGCCAAGAGAGCUGUCUCCUUUGUCAGUGGCCAGUGAGUACUGUAACAACCCGCCGCCACCACCUCCGGCAUCAUCAACACCGUUGAACAUGUACUCGCACAGAAGCGUGCACAGCCCUGUCGGCAUCUUCCAAGAAGUUCCGACCAGAGGAUAUGACAAUGUGCCCCGGCCACCGUCCGCUUAUGAAUCUCACCAUCAACCCACGUCGCAGCGUGAGACUGAAUUUCUGCGGAACCUGCAACGUCAGAAAGCAGAGGCUCAAAAUAUGUCAUCGAGCUGGUACGCUGGAGACCAGUCGUCUCGUCAACCCGAUUGGGGUGGUCCUCCCGCUUACCCGCAUCAACAACAGCAGCAGCAACCGAGACGUUUGGCGAAGACUCAAUCGGAUUUGUCGUUUGACACUCUUAACAACACCUAUUUCAAUAACUCUAUCACGUCUCAUCAGGACUACGGGAACGGGAGCGUUAACGGAAACGGUUCACAAACUCUCCCUCAAACGCCAACUCACAGGAUGGAUGGAUUCUUCCGAAACCGAGUGAUUGAGCCGAAUUGGAUGACGGAUCCUCCUCCACCAAAAUCGUUCCGUGAAGAUUACAUCAUUCGUAACAUCCCAAUCAGUACCACAGUCAACUCGGAUUUCGAACGAUUCCGCCUCGACCCGAAUUUCCGUGAGCCCCCAACCCGAGCAGCAACGGAGCAGCCGUCAAACUUUCGGAGCUAUCAUCGUGAUGACCACUUGCGGUCACCCGAACCCCAGCCGCAACCUCUGCUUCAGCCUCAGUCUUAUCAGCGCGGCCCGAGUUUUUUGCAACAACGCGAACCGAGCCCGGUACGCUCGCCGCCAGUCAUCUCUUAUGCUCAGCAGCCGAAUCCCUUCUCGUUCCCCAACCCGAUCAAUCAAGUGAACUACAACCAUGAGGAGAACCCACCGAGAGGAGGCGGGUAUCAAGAGCGACGGCCGAUGGCGCAAGGGUCAAACGAUCAGCCACAUCCACCGAAUGUCUACCAGAAUGUUCCGCCGGUGGCUGCCGCCGCGGUCACUUAUCGUGAGAGGGAACGUCCGGGAAGCCAGUACUCGGAGUCGAAUCGAAACUCGGCGGUGUACUCGAAUGAACCGAUACGGUUGACGAACGAUCGGGUACUGAGAAUUCAUCCUCAUCAGACGGAGCAGGAGACGUAUCAACAUCACCAUCAUCAGCAUCAAAUGCCAGAGGAACCUCGUUACCCUUCACAACCUCAUCUCCAAUCUCAACGGGCAAGAAUCCAAUCCCCACUCCGCGACUUUGCCAAACUCACCUCGCCAAUCCGAGAAGUAGCUCCGCAACCAGCCGCCGUCUCUUCACCCACCAACCCCGACCGAAUCUUCAGUCCGGUCGAAUCAAAAGUCUACAACCGAUCGGGUCCCACUGUAAUUAAUGGCUUCACCAGCAACCGUCACACCUACAAUAGUCACACGGAUGAUUAUGAUGCUCGCAAUCGUCGCGACUCUUCGCAACCGCCAGUAGCCGUCAUUGAGCCGAAUAUCAAUGUACACAUGCCCUCCGACCCGAUCCCUUAUAGCAAGCCACAUUUUGGGCAUGCUCACGGUCACCAUCACCCUCAAACGGCCGCUCAAAAUAAUGUUCAACACGUCAAACCCACUUCUCACUAUCAAAACUCGAACAACUUUGUCGCCCCGCCGACCACUUUUUCGCCCACCUCAAAUUACGAAAACGACAACGACAGUGACCUAGACAUUGAGGAGAUGGCACGUCGUGCACUUCCCAAAUACUUGCGUGACUCGGGAAGACACGGCAAUUUGUACGGUGAUAAUCUGCAUGGCAUUCUCAUCAAAAACCCAUCACUUCAUCGAAACUCUUCCAAAAAAGUGGUCUUCAUCGAUCAAGACAAAGGUGAACACGGUGUGAAACGUGGCUUUUGAACUAACAUUAAAUUUUCUAUGAAAAAUCAUGAAGCUUUUCAAGCAAAAAUAAUAAUAUUUUUCAGCGUCUGCUCCUUCCGCUGGAUCUGGUGAGGUGCCCGCCCACGUCCGUGCCUAUGAUGACGCCGUCGAGGACGCUCUGGCUACUUGGGGAAAACUGACUGACCAACUGGGAGGCGAUGUCGCUGUUAUUGUAAGUUUCAUUUGCUUUAGAUCAGCACCAUAGGGAACAGAAAAUUGUGAAGCUGUAACCUCCCACAGAAACCUUACAUUAUCUCUAACCUGUCUCAUUUUGACGAACACAGUGAAAUUGAAGUUUUAUCAAAAAAGCUAUGUUCGAUUUGUGUAGAUAAGUUGAAAAAACCUUUAAUCGCAUAUGAAAGGCCGGGCCGUGAUCAGACAAAAAAUAUAGUUUUUUCUUUUCAGAAACCCAAAGUCAUCGCCAUCUUCGCUACGCUCCGAAACUACCUGUGGACCGCCGCCGGAAAGACGGAGCCAACUCCCGAAGAAGCGCAAAAGCUGCUGAAUCCAACCAUCAACUUGCUCAAUGAGAUCAGCGCCUACAAGGAUACGAAGAGAAACACUCCUCACUGGAACCAUCUCAACUCGAUUGUCGCUGCUCUUCCGGCUCUCGGUUGGGUCACUGUCGUACGUUUCUUUUUAUCAAUUUCGAGCGUACUCAACUAUUCCAUUUUAGAAGAAGACCCCAGCACCGUACAUCAAGGAGUACAUCGAUGCGGCCGUAUUCUACAUCAACCCGAUUCUUCGUGAAUUCAAGGAUACCGAUCCAAGACACGUUGAGUGGACCAAGGCCUGGAAAUCGAUCAUUGAGGAGAUGCAGAAGUUUGUUCGUCAGGUCCAUACCACCGGACUCGUCUGGAAUAGUGCUCCGGGAGCUGUGCCGGAUGCGAUUGCAUCUGCUCCAGCUGCGGAGCCGGCGCCGAGAGGCCCUGGAGGACCACCACCGCCGCCACCGCCGCCAAUUCCGGCCAAUCUCUUUGCCGCCGACCCACCACCAGCUGUGGAUUCCGACAAAGCCAACCGGGACGCUCUGUUCGCUGCUCUCAAUCAAGGAGAGGGAAUCACUUCUAGUCUGAAGAAGGUCACCGCUGACAUGCAGACUCACAAGAACCCGAACCUCCGUGGAAACGCUGCUGUUCCCGCAACGGGCUCUCGAGCUGCUGCUUCUCCGGCCAAGGUUGCUGCUCCAGUCCGCAAACCGCCAAGCAAGUCGCUGGACGACAAAAAGUGGAUUGUGGUGGGUACUUUAAAAUUUCUCGAUAACUCAUACUUGUGAUUUCACGGGCCGGGUCGUAGGAAAAAUUUGACAGUCCGGAUUCUGCUUGAUGACCGUAAAUUUUGUGCAUUUUCGAUUGACUUUUAUUGUUAUCAAAAAAAGACAGAAACGUACGGAAAACUUGAAACAACGCUAUUUGAAAUUCGAAAUUUUCCUACGACCCCGCUCGUGGCAAAUAUGAGAAAACCGAACGAUUCAUCAUUAUUUCAGGAGUAUUUUGUCAACGACCAUAAUAUUACCAUCGAUAUCACCGACAAGAAGCAAGCGGUGUACGUGUUCCGUUGCGAAAACUGCACCAUCAAAGUGAAGGGAAAGGGUAACUCGAUCCUUCUCGACGGAUGCAAGAAGACCGCGAUUGUGUUCGACGCGCUCGUCUCCCAAUGUGAAACUGUCAACUGUCAGUCUGUGCAGAUUCAGGUGAGAUUGAUCCCGAAUCCUCUGACCUUUCCUAACUUUUCCUGUUCAGACUCUUGGAGAACUGCCGACCCUUUCGAUCCAGAAGACCGACGGAUGCCAGGUGUUCCUCUCGAAGGCCGCUCAGGGAUGCGAGAUUGUCACGUCCAAGUCCAGCGAGAUGAACAUUUCUGUUCAAACUACCGAUGACGGCGAAUAUGUACGUUUCUUCUCUCCCGAUCUAAUUUUUUCUAAUUUUUUCAUUUUCAGUCCGAGUUCCCGGUUCCGGAGCAAUUCAAGACCACUUUCAAGAACGGAAGACUGGUGACUGUCGUCUCGGAUAUCGUCUAA